CUCUCUCGUUCCCUACCUUCUGCGGCAGACGUGACUUGAUAGCCAGUCUUUCCAACCUUUGCAAAGGAAACAACUCAUACACAAUGCAAAACGACAAGAAGGAAAUCGUCGAUCUCUACAUCCCCCGCAAGUGCUCCGCCACUGGCCGUCUCAUCACCGCCAAGGAUCACGCCUCUGUCCAGAUCAACAUUGCUGAGGUCGAUGCCAACGGUGUUGCCACUGGCGAGGUCAAGACCUACGCUCUUUCCGGCUUCGUUCGCUCCCUUGGCGAGUCUGACGACUCUGUCAACCGCCUUGCCACCCAGGAUGGUUACCUCAAGAACGUCUGGACCUACUCCCAGUAAGCGGAUCCCUCCGCUCUGCUGCUGAGUCAUCGGUGUUUGCUCGCAUCUCCCGAUGCGUGAGCAUUGGCGGUGUUGGUCAAUAAAGUAGACUCUGUACGAUUUCUUGGUCCAAA